CACGAUAACGUCAUCUCCGCUACGAGAGCCUACAACCCGGAGGUGGCAAUUCGUGUGUGCUUUCUGUUUUAAAAAAAAAAAAUAGCCACAAAUGUUUUUUUUCUAAACGUUUUCAUGUGGUGUAUCUGCAGAUAUGCCGCGGUACUGCGCAGUGAAAGUAUGCAGGAACCGCGGGGGGACUGCGUCUAGACAAGAUAACAAGAGAAUUAGCUUCUAUCCGUUUCCCUUGCAAGACAAGCCCAGGCUUCAGAAAUGGGUGGACAACAUGAAGAGGGAGGAGUGGACCCCGAGUCGACAUCAGUAUCUGUGCAGCGAGCACUUCACAGAGGACUGCUUUGACAUCCGAUGGGGCAUCCGCUACCUGAAGAACACAGCCAUCCCUACCAUUUUUCCUUCUGUUGAAGAUGAUGGUGAGAAAGUAACCGCCAUUAAAAGAAGCCCCAAAGCCAAAUCCAGGACAUUUGACAUUGAGCCCACUGGAUCUGACUCCCCUCUCAGUAAGAGGCCGCUCAUAUUGAGCAGAACAUGCAAAAAGAUCCAGUCAAGUACAAUGAAUCAUGUUGUCGCGGAACACACAGAGAUGACAGAUCCAAUUCAUGUAGGUGUAUUUGAGCUGCCUCUGAUCUCAGACACCGGCAACUUCUGUCAUUCAAAUCUCUCAGAGAUACAUACUGCUGCUUGUGACAUACCAGGUGACGGUGGGAUGCCAACAGAGCACUGCCUCUCACUGUCCCCGUGCAAUGAGCUCCAUUCUGAAGAGCAGGCUGACUCGACUGUGACUGUGUUGUGCUGUGAGUCACUGGGCUCUUUCUCCAAUGGCGAGGCAAAUGUGGAUGCAGCUGCCCUCCAAGCAGCACUGGGCCAGGCUUUUAGCUUUAUUCCUGUGGAAAUUGUCAAGGAUGAACCUGCAGGCUGCUUUUUAGGGGACAGAGGACCCAGUGAGGGAGAGCACGUUUCGGUUUACGAGCACUCGUACUGCAGACCUGACACGGACAAAGAUCAGCUUUGGAGUAAAAUCUUGGGUUUACAUGCAAAGAUCUUGGAACUGGAUCGCAGGGAAGAGAGCACUGUGGCUAAAAUCCGCACUCUGGAGACUGAGAUAGCCCUCCUGAAGAGGGAUAGUGCUGUUUUUAAGGAGAAGCAGAAAGUUUUAGAAGAUUACAUAUCAUCUGUUUUGCUCUAAUUUUGCAAGUAAUUGACAGCUACAGACUCUGAAAUUAGCUUGUGAAUGUGCAUUUAUUUUAAUUGUUACACUUGAGUCACUUUUGCUAAUAUGUGUCACAUGUUCUAAUACAUUCCAUACAUAAAGUACAGCAGCAGAAAUUGUGUCUGAUUAUACAGCUCUAUUGGUACUCACCCAUUGCUCUCAUAAUUCCAUUUUACAAUUGUAUGUCUGCUUAUGUCCAUGUGGUGGCACUGUAUGACCAUCUUUAUAUGAAGCGUUUUAAAUGACUUUUUAAAGCUCUGGUUUUCAGUGGUUUGUUGCUAUGCAUUACUUAUACAUAUCCAAGGUUUUUCUGUCAGGUGUCUACAGUUUUUACAUGGUCAGAUCUCAGAUGUCAUCAAUAACGUAUUGAACUUGAAAAACUGAAUGUCUCUAUUUCUGUUUUUGUUAUGCAAUGCCAUCAGCUUGUUGAAUUUUAUCGUCACGUUUCUGGUUGUGUGUUAAACAGUUGCCUUCAUUACAGUUGGUGUUAAUACUCAUGAUUUUA